GAUUGAAAAGAGGAAGAGGAGCUGGUAUUUCUAAUCCCCUGAGCGCUGGACUGGCUGCAGGGGUGUUGACAGCUUGACAACCCCAGAGAACACAGAUCUGUCUCCAGUGUGAGAAGCUGCUGAUACUGAGCCAUGAAUCGUCUGAUAAUGAUCUGGGGGGUCCUGCUCCUGGCAGGAACAGUUCAGUCAACAACUUCUAAGGCAUCAGAAUCGUCCAGCAGCACAAUAAAUAUGUCUUCUACAUCUCACAUGUCUUCCAGUACAACACACUCAACACCACAUGUAACCUCAAACACCACAACACACUCAACACCACAUACAACCUCAAACACAACACACACACCUUCAAAUACGACCUCGCAUGCACCCACCAAUACCACAACACAUCCAACAACAGCACAUACUACGUCGCCAAUUCUACCAACAAAGCCUUCACCACCAAUAAGGAGAGAGUACAAAGUGAAAGAUGCUAAUAACGUGACAUGUAUAAUUGCAGACAUGGGUCUGGCACUUGAACUGGAUAAUUCAACAACAGUAAUGCAAGACAAAGAUGCAAAGGUCAAAUGGUAUUUUAAUGUGAACCCGGAAACCACUACAGCAAACGGCACUUGUAAUGAAUCCACAGCAACUCUUAUCCUGACAUUUCCACAAGGAUCUAUUCAUUUUGUUUUUGUUAAGGACAAGAAAAUAUACUACAUUGAUGACGUUUCUGUGAAUUUUACUUGGAAUUCUGCCGAACACUGGAUUGGUACAGCUAGAAAUCUAAAGCUGUUAAGUACAGACGUUGGUUAUGCGACAAAAUGUAAGACCACACCAACAGUAAAGCUGGCCAGUAAUUUAAGUCUCUCAAUGGCGGAUGUGAAACUACAGGCUUUUAACCUUACUGAUGGCGUCUUUGGCAAAGAGGAAGUGUGCUCAUAUGAUCGCAAUAUGAUUGCCGUGGCUGUAGCUGUAACUAUAUUAAUUAUCAUAAUCAUUGCAAUAGUUAUAUUCUUCAUUUGUCACAAGAGGCGAUCAUCUGGAUAUCAGCGGAUUUAACCACAAGGGGAAAUCAUCCCCAUCAUGUGUAUCUUUACAAUGAAGACAACAACCAACAGCCACUUCCUUUAACUAUGGAAAACGAAAAACUAAAGCUUUCUUAUUAAUGACAAAAUGAAUGAUUAUUUUUCUUGACAAAAUGACAAUGCUCCUAAUUUUUCUGAAAAAGGUUUCACCACUGGGUAGACACUAAUUUACUAGAAGUCUGAGUACAGACAGACACAGGGAAGGCAGUAAGAUAUAUGUUGCUUUAAAGUAAACCUGUGGCUACUGUUAAGAUGUCAAACUGUCACUUACUUUCAUUAGAAGGCCCCUGGUGCCUGCACAUCAAGUUUCUUUCCCUGGGAACCUCGACCCCUACAGGAAUCUAUUACAACAACAAUGAUUAUCUUCCAUUGCUUCCAGCUGGUUAUCCCCUUUCACCUCCUUUACCUCACCAUUGACCCAUGACAGUGGUUGUUAGCCUUGCCAGACAUUACUGAAGUGUGGUAAAUAGUAGAGGAUGUACAAGAGCCAGCUACAGCAGAGGAUGGUUGCUUUUUGCAUAUCAGCCCACAAUGUCUGGAGCUCUAA